AACCAAACCCUUUUCUUUCUUUCUUUCUCAACUCCUGCCCCGUAAAGCCAACGCCAUGGCCGCCGUCGGAGAAAUGGAAGAUGGUUUUCCGGCAACGAGGCUUUUCAAUCAAGGUUACUCUUACACCUACGAUGAUGUUAUCUUCCUCCCUCAUUAUAUCGAUUUUCCAACCGACUCUGUUCAACUGAACACAAAACUCUCUCGUAACAUAAACCUGUCGGUACCUUGCGUCGCUUCUCCGAUGGACACCGUUACCGAAGCCUCCAUGGCUGUUUCCAUGGCCGCUUUAGGUGGUAUAGGAAUCAUCCACUCAAAUAAUACGCCAUCUGAACAGUCAUCCUUAAUCCGGUCAGCUAAAUCACACCGUAUCCCUUUUGCAUGCACCGAUAUCCCGUUUGUGUCACCGGAUGAUUCUAUUUCAUCCGCUUCUGUUUUCGAGACAUCUCCUUGUGUUUUUGUGGGGUCCAAGAGUGAUAAUAAGUUGCUAGGGGUUGUUGAUAAGUUAACUUGGGAGGGUUUAGCUGAUAAGGAAGCUAGGGUUUCUAGUUACAUGGAGAAGAACAUGAUUACAUUACCGAAUACUUAUAAAUUCGAGGAUGUUGCUGGUUAUUUAGCGGCCAAGGAGUUGGAUUUUGUGCCUUUGGUGAGCGGUAACGGGGAGGUGGUAGAUGUGGUGAGUAAGGCGGAUGUUGAGAGGAUUAGGGGUUUUCCCAAGGGAGGGCUGCCGUCUGUGGGAGAAGAUGGAGAGUUUUUGGUUGGGGCUUCAAUUGGGACAAGGGAGAGUGAUAAGAAGAGGUUAGAAUAUUUGGUUGAAGCUGGUGUUAAUCUAAUAGUCAUUGAUAGUUCUCAAGGGAACUCAAUAUAUCAAAUUGAGAUGAUCAAGUAUGCCAAGAAGACGUAUCCUGAUUUGGAUGUGGUUGGUGGCAAUGUGGUUACAAUGUACCAAGCCCAGAACUUGAUUCAGGCUGGAGUUGAUGGUUUGAGAGUUGGGAUGGGGUCUGGCUCCAUUUGUACUACUCAGGAAGUCUGCGCCGUGGGUCGUGGACAGGCGACUGCAGUUUACAAGGUAUCGUCUGUUGCUGCACAAAGUGGUAUUCCCAUCAUCGCUGAUGGUGGCAUUUCUAAUUCUGGACACAUAGUCAAAGCCUUGACCCUAGGGGCGUCAACCGUCAUGAUGGGAAGCUUCUUGGCUGGAAGUACUGAAGCUCCUGGAGCGUAUCAAUACCAGGGUGGUCAUCGGAUCAAAAAGUACCGUGGGAUGGGUUCUCUUGAAGCAAUGACGAAAGGAAGUGAUGCUCGGUACCUUGGGGAUACAGCUAAAAUGAAGAUUGCUCAGGGGGUUGUUGGAGCAGUUGCAGAUAAAGGUUCUGUUUUGAAGUUCAUUCCAUAUGCUAUGCAUGCAGUCAAGCAGGGUUUCCAGGAUCUCGGUGCUUCUUCCUUGCAGUCGGCUCAUGACAUGUUGAGGUCUGGGAUCCUGAGGCUGGAGGUACGAACAGGAGCAGCACAGGUCGAAGGAGGUGUUCACGGCCUCUUGUCUUAUGAAAAGAAAUCUUUCUGAUCUUUCGGUAUUAUCUAACGCCUUAUGACGCAAAUCUAUGAUACAAAUCCAUCGUGUUUAGUAGCAUAAUCAAUGUUGUAAUCUUCAAACAUAAAAAAAUUGGAGGAGUUGGAAUCUAUUUUUUUAGAGAUCCUGAACUUAACCUUUUGUUUUGUAUAAAUUAUGAAAAAUCUGCUAAUUUGAUGGACC